AUGGAGAUUCAAGAGCAACUGUUGGUGAUGGAGAUUCAAGAGCAACUAAGAAAGAAUGAAAAGAAAGGUUUAGACAGCUUAACACCUUUUGACUCUGAAAUCGAAGCUACUGCAAGGAGACGAAGAAGUAGAAGAAAGGGAUAUCAAAAUACAAGUAAAAUGAUUGAAAGAAUCAAAUCUUUAUUGGAGUACGGCAUACCUGAUACCGCAACUGGGCUCCUAUCCAGCAUUGUCAGACCACCUAUUACCGCUCAGAGCUUUGAAUUAAAACCUCAAUUCAUACAGUUCAUCUCCAAUGACUCAUUUGCAAGCACACCUCAUGAAUGCCCUGUUAGUCACAUAGACAGUUUCUUGGAUAAGUGUGACACCAUAAAGCUCAACGGUGUUACUGAUGAUGCUAUCAGACUUCGUUUGUUCCCUUUUUCACUACGGGAUAUUGCGAAGGAAUGGUUACGAGACGAAGGUAUAGGUUCCUUUGAUACAUGGGAUAAGCUUGCCAAAGCUUUCUUAGUAAGAUUUUUAGGGCAAGAGAAGACUGCAAGGUUAAGGAACGAGCUAGCUACCUUUCGUCAAUCUGAUGAUGAGUCUUUAUAUGAGGCAUGGAGAAGAUUCAAGAGCUUACAGAGACAAUGCCCUCAUCACGGUAUCCCAGAGUGGAUGUUGAUCCAAACAUUCUACAAUGGUCUGACCCAUGAGUUUCUCAUAUACAUUGAUGCUGCAUCCGGGGGUUCUCUCAUGACUAAGAACCCAACUGAAGCCAAAGAGCUAAUUGAGAAGAUGGCAGCCAAUGAUAAUUAUCAUCCAGGAGGUCGACAUAGUGUGAAGAAGGGAGGUAAAUUAGAUGUUGAUGCUCUAACUCUUUUGACUAGCUCUGGUCACAUUGCACCUAAUUGCCCCAAAAAUUCCAGUGAGAUGUCAAUUGAGGAGGCCAAUGCAUUCUACACCUCUAAUCCUAAAAGGCCGUAUGAUACUCAUUCAAACACAUACAAUGAAGGGUGGAGAAAUCAUUCGGACUUCUCUUAUAUGAACACUCAAGCUCAAUUGAAUUCUCCGUCACCACCACCUAGUUUUCAAGCAAGGGCAUCUUUUAAUCACCAACCCAUGAAUCAAAAACUACCACCGCAAACUUCAAAAUACAAUAUUGAUUCCAUUAUGGAGACUUUCACUACUUCCCAACUUCGACAGCAAGAGCUUAUGACAAAGCAAUUUGAGCUACAAGCAAAGCAAAAUGAACACUUUGAAAGCUCAAUUCAAAUGCUUAUUGUUCAAAAUAAGAGGAUAGAAACUCACCUUUCUCAACUUUCACAAUAA